UGUGUCUAUCUCAUAAAAGGCCACUUUCCACUGCCUUCAAAAUUAUGAUGUUUCUAUAUAUUAAUGGCCAAAUCAAAACAUAGGCUUUCACUCCUCUCACUGCACUCACAAAUAUACCUACCACACUCGUCAACCAUCAUGCUCAUACAAACUACUCUCCCCUUUGCAUGUCCAAGAACUGUUCGCCACCGCAUGGUGCCACCGAAAUGUGUCCUCUCAAUGUCCCCGCCACCAAAAGUGCGGAGGACCCACCCAUUGCCGACGGAAAAGUUAGAGGUUUUCAGGUCACUGGAAGGGUGGGCUUCGCAGUAUGUCCUACCGCUGCUGAAACCCGUGGAAAAAAGCUGGCAGCCGAACAGUUUCGUUCCCAACCCAUCGUCGCCGUUUGAAAAGUUCGUGGACGAGGUGAAGGCUCUUCGCGAUCGAACCAAGGAGCUAUCUGACGAGUACUUCUUGGUGCUGGUCAGUGACAUGAUCACAGAGGAAGCUCUUCCCACUUACCAGACCACAAUGAACAGCCUCGACGGCGUGAAAGACGAGUGCGGAACAAGCCCAAGCCCAAGCCCAAACCCGUGGGCUGUGUGGACUCGGGCCUGGUCCACGGAAGAGAUGGAGAUUUGCUCAUAA